GAUUACAUUGCACAAGACGGAUUCUGUUCGAAAAACUUUGAAGAAAGUUGGUAUCGACGUGCAAAAAGUUUUGGCCGUAAAUCAUACUUCACCGGAACGUUUGAGUAAUUAUCUAGACGCGCAGUACUAUGGUAAUAUCAGUAUCGGAACUCCGCCGCAGAAUUUUUCAAUAUUAUUUGAUACUGGUUCCUCAAAUCUUUGGGUACCAUCAGCACAAUGCAGCAUUAUGAAUUUGGCUUGCGACAUUCAUAAAACAUACGAUAGUAGCAAAUCCAGCACAUAUCAACCAAAUGGCGCUUCGUUUGCUAUUCAGUAUGGCACUGGCAGUCUGACUGGAUUCUUAUCUACUGAUGUAGUAAAUGUUGCCGGUCUCAAUGUUCAAAACCAAACAUUCGCAGAAGCGAUCAAUGAGCCGGGCUUAACAUUCGUUUUUGCGCAGUUUGACGGUAUCUUGGGUAUGGGCUAUCCAUCGAUAUCCGUCGAUGGAGUGACACCUGUUUUCAACAAUAUAGUCCAACAAGGCCUAGUGCCAGAACCUGUUUUCAGCUUCUAUCUGAGUCGAGACCCUUCAGCCGGAGUAGGUGGUGAAUUGAUAUUGGGUGGUAUCGAUCAUGAUCAUUACGAUGGUAAUAUCACAUAUGUUCCUGUUACUCGCAAAGAAUAUUGGCAAUUUGCUUUGGAUAGUGUCUUAGUAGGUGGUAAUAGCGUCGCGAAUGGCUCCCAAGCUAUCGCUGACACGGGUACCUCACUAAUAGUUGGACCAUCAGACGUUAUCGACUCUAUUAACAAACUAAUUGGAGCUGAUAAUAAUGGAAACGUGGACUGCAAUCAGCUUCCUAAAUUGCCUCCAAUCGGUUUUGCUCUGAGUGGUAAGACGUUUAAUCUUACCCCUAAGGAUUAUAUUCUUCAAGAUACGGCAGACGACGGCACCGUGACAUGUUCAAGCGGCUUCCAGGGAGAGGACUCAGAUCUAUGGAUUCUGGGCGAUGUAUUUAUUGGUCCUUAUUAUACCGUGUUUGAUCUGGGAAAUAACCAAGUGGGAUUUGCUCCAUCGAAAUAAAUGUCGAUUGCCUUAUUUUGAAGUUAUACCGUCAAACAUUAGAUAUGAAUGACAAUUUCGCAAACAAAAAAAAAAUAUUUUUUAUAGCAUUUGAUGCAUAUUGUUUCGUAACUUUUAAUUAUAACUAUCCAUGGGUGCACUGUUGUAAAUGGAUAUUUUUGUUAUAUAUUCAAAAAUUAAAACAAAGAUAUAUGCGGAAUCUUCAAUAUAAUUUGAUGUAUCUAUCAUAUAUUGUCUAAAUACAAAUAGAUCUGU